AUGGAGUUUUACUUGGAGAUUGACCCUGUCACCUUGAACCUGAUCAUCCUAGUAGCCAGCUACGUUAUCUUGCUCCUGGUGUUCCUCAUCUCCUGCGUGCUGUAUGACUGCCGAGGCAAGGACCCCAGUAAGGAGUAUGCUCCCGAGACCACCCUUGAUGCCCAGCCCUCCAUCCGCUUGGUGGUGAUGCAGCAGAGCACUUCGGGGGAUCCCUGGGCAAGGAGGCCCAGCCUUCAUUUUGGGGAUCCUGCUCCAUUAGGGAAGAAAAGCACAAUGGUGUGAGGCUGGCUAAGGGUGACUGGGGAGAGAGCACUAGACAUUCUGGACAAACUGUUCUCCGUGUGACUGCGAUUCUCUCGGCGUACCACCAGUCCUACUUGGCUAUGUAAGUGGGAGCUCUGCCUUACCUUCUACUUUCUCAUCACCCUCUUUGUGAAUGAAGCAACCGUUUAAGGUAAGAAGACCAAGGUGGCCUUUGGUCAAGUUCUCCAGAUGCAAAAUCUCAUUAAUACUAUAGUAUAGUGAAGUUGUUGGGCCCUUCCUGGUGAUGUUGUCCUUGCCAUUUCUAGGAGAGAUUGGUAUUUGAGUAAGGUGCAGGGGUAGAAAACUCUUUCCUUCUUCCCUUCUAGGUUCUUUGGCUGGUCCAAUAAUUACAUUGACAUAAAACAGAUGAACGGGAGAAAAACAAAUUUAAUUUUUAUCUAUGGAAGCCCCAUAAAAAAUAUGAGCUCAAAGAAGUGACCAGAACAGGCAGAUUUUAUCUCCUUUAG